AGAUUGAGAAUGAAGCUCUCCGGUAAAGCGGGAGGAGGUGACGUCAGGGUCGGUGGCGGGCGGGGGCUGUUCGUAGCUCUGGGGACGUUGUAUCUGUGGGCCCUUAAUUCGCGUCACAAGUCAGCGACUGAACCUUGGCUGUGGUGGCCGAGGCGGCUAAGGCGGCAGCGGCGGCGACAGCUCUGGGGUUUGCGUCUCGGGGUGUGUCGGCCGCCGCUGCUGCUCGGGCCUGGUAUGUACAGAUGGCUGGUUAGGAUUCUCGGCACCAUUUUCCGUUUCUGCGACCGGUCGGUGCCCCCUACUCGGACGUUCCUGAAGAGGCGGCGCUCGAACAGCACUCUGUUUUCUACUGUGGACACUGAUGAAAUACCAGCUAAAAGACCGAAAUUAGAUUGCUUUAUUCACCAAGUGAAAAACAGUCUCUACAAUGCUGCCAGCUUAUUUGGAUUCCCAUUCCAGCUGACUACAAAGCCCAUGGUAACUUCUGCUUGUAAUGGAACACGGAAUGUGGCCCCUUCAGGAGAGGUAUUUUCGAACUCUUCAUCUUGUGAAUUGACAGAUUCUGGAUCCUGGAACAACAUGUUGAAACUAGGUAAUAAAUCUCCUAAUGGCAUAAGUGACUAUCCAAAGAUCAGAGUGACAGUAACCAGAGAUCAGCCACGCAGAGUCUUGCCUUCCUUUGGUUUCACUUUAAACUCAGAAGGCUAUAAUAGAAGACCAGGUGGCCGUCGCCAUAGCAGAGGCAAUCCAGAGAGUUCCUUAAUGUGGAAAUCUCAGGAACAGGCUGUAACAGAGAUGAUUUCAGAAGACAAUGGCAAGGGCCUGAGGCGUCCCCAUUGUACCGUGGAGGAGGGUGUUCAAAAAGAGGAAAGAGAGAAGUACCGGAAGUUACUAGAGCGACUUAAAGAAGGUGGUCAUGGAAACUCUGUCCCUCCUGUAGCUUCAAAUCAUCACAGUUCUCAAAGAAGUCAGAUGGACACAUUAAAGACCAAAGGCUGGGGGGAAGAGCAAAAUCACGGAGUCAGAACAACUCAAUUUGUUCCAAAACAAUACAGACUUGUUGAAACAAGGGGACCUCUGUGUUCAAUCAGAAGUGAAAAGAGGUAUUCAAAGGGGAAAAUUUCUGACACAGAGCAGACAGUCGGGAUCAGACUUGAAUACGAAGGUAGGAGGGGACACCAGCUGGAGCCUGACCUGUCAGAAGAAGUAUCAGCCCGACUUCGCCUGGGCAGUGGAAGCAAUGGCUUACUCAGGAGGAAAAUGUCAAUACUUGAGACAAAGGAAAAGAAUUGCUCAGGCAAAGAGAGAGAUAGAAGAACAGAUGAUCUUCUUGAACUUACAGAGGACAUGGAAAAGGAAAUUGGUAAUGCUUUAGGCCAUGGCCCACAAGAUGAGAUCUUAAGUAGUGCUUUUAAAUUACGAAUCACUCGAGGAGACAUCCAGACAUUAAAGAACUAUCAUUGGCUCAAUGAUGAAGUCAUUAAUUUUUACAUGAAUCUUCUAGUGGAAAGAAAUAAAAAGCAAGGCUACCCAGCACUUCAUGUAUUCAGUACUUUCUUCUAUCCUAAAUUAAAGUCUGGGGGUUACCAAGCAGUGAAAAGAUGGACCAAAGGAGUAAAUCUCUUUGAACAAGAACUUAUUCUGGUGCCUAUUCAUCGGAAGGUACAUUGGAGUCUGGUGGUAAUAGACCUAAGAAAGAAGUGUCUUAAAUAUCUGGAUUCUAUGGGACAGAAGGGCCACAGGAUCUGUGAGAUUCUCCUUCAGUAUUUACAGGAUGAAAGUAAGACCAAAAGAAAUAUUGAUCUGAAUCUUUUAGAGUGGACCCACUAUAGCAUGAAGCCACAUGAGAUUCCUCAACAGUUGAAUGGGAGUGAUUGUGGAAUGUUUACUUGUAAAUAUGCAGAUUAUAUCUCUAGGGACAAACCUAUCACAUUUACUCAGCACCAGAUGCCUCUCUUCCGGAAGAAGAUGGUGUGGGAAAUCCUUCAUCAGCAGUUGCUGUGAGAAUGCCCCGCCUGGUCCCUCUAGCUGCUGGUGGUUCUUUCAUGGACGUUUCCAUAUACCUCAUGCAUUGUGGGUUAAAAAGUCCCUGCAUCACUUCUGUUCUCUCACAGGUACUGAGCUGUCAAGUGCAUGAGAGCGUCUCCUUACACCCUCGUCCUGACUUAGGGUGCAGAGGGCUGCUUGUAACCCUGUUUGUAAGGCUGUGCCUGCUCAGAGCCCUGGACUAGUCAACCCACCCAAGAACAAACGCUAAUUUUUUUUUUUUUUUUUUUUUUAAGAUUUUCUUCCCUAUGAAUGUGGGAAAUGCAGGAUUUAUUCUGUGAAUUGUUUUUUUUCUGUGUGUUUGUUCAUUGUAUACAUUCACUCAUUUGCAGAUAUAAGGAGCAGUGGCCAUUUACCACUGGCUCUCUUACAGUUAGCUCUAAAUUACUUGUUUGAAUUAUUUAUUUCUGAAAGGAAUGUUAAUUAAGCUGCCACUCCCUGCUGAAGAUCAGGAGGGAAAUCACUGGGGGCAGAAGAAAGUAUUAAUUAACAUCUCUAACAUUGGAGCAGUUCCUGCCAACUUGAAGCUGAAGGGUUUGAGGCGUGAAAAUGCCCGAGGAAUGAAAUGCUGCCCUAUAGGGCUCUGGUUGCCUUACAGAGGAUUGCUGACACUAGGCAUUGGCACAGUGUCAUGGAAAAGUGGAACUGUGCACAAGGAACUCUGGCUAUCCAAGCGUCUUCACAAGAGCGUCAAUGGUCAUCUUAAAGAGACUUCUCUUUCUGGAAAGGAGGUGACUUGGCUUACUCUUGAAACUGGAUUCGAAGUAACUGUAAACCCUAAAUCUUCAUUUGCAUCCCAGAUGUGGUUGAGUAUAAACUUCAGAAUUGUAAGGGCUGGCCUGAGCUGUUUAUUUGAAAAGAUACUAUUCAAUUUAAAGCUAUUUUUCCUCAAAGUUUUUUUCCUAUAUAUUAAAGCCAAAAUUAAAAAUUAAGUUUUGUACUCAUUAAGACUUCCCACACUCCACCCCCAUUGAAAUUUGUGGAAGAAAAUUUAGUACUUGGCUCUGAGGUUGCCAGUUAUAUAGUAAUCUAUUUUGCAUAUAAAAAUUUGUAUUUUAACUUUUUUGUUCAUGAAAAAACUUACAGAUGUGGUUAUGCAUUUUUAAUUUCAGAAAGUUUAGAGUUGGCCAGAACAUAUUUUGCAAGAUCUAGUGCCUAGUGUUGCUUUUCUGAUGUAAUAAAAGGUUGUCUGGCAGAACCU